AUUCUCCUCUCAGUAGAACUUGCGGGGACACCACAAGCUCCCCAGGGGGAUCGCCAAAACCUCGAGCGCCCACUCCAGGGGUUCUGGCAGGACUGGACCUGUUGCCGCUGACUUCGAGCGAUGAAAUCAGCAGGCGCAGAGAACAUGCCCUUCGCCAACACUCGUUUUUCCAACUCAGGAUUUACCUUCGCAGAGGACACGGGCUGGUAGCGAUGGAUAAAAAUGGUUUGAGUGACCCUUAUGUAAAAUUCAAAGUCGGCGGGCGGCUAAUUUAUAAAUCGCGCACGAUAUACAGGGACCUGAAUCCGGUCUGGGACGAAAGUUUUACUGUGCCCAUCGAAGACCCGUUUCUUCCAAUUUCCAUUAAGGUGUUUGACUACGACUGGGGCUUGCAGGAUGAUUUUAUGGGAUCCGCCACUCUGGACUUGAGCACUUUAGAUAUAGGCCGCAACAACGACUUAACACUCGCUUUACAAGAUCCGUCCCGUCCGGAGAUUUGCCUUGGCGAGAUCUACAUUACCGCCACACUCUAUCCGAAAACUCAAGAGGACAAAGAGCAAUAUUUCCAGAAAAACAGUCGCAUUCAAGACGUGAAUAAGCGACUGAAAUCGCAAAUCUGGAGCUCGGUGGUGACGAUUGUUCUCAUCGAGGGCAAAAACCUGCUGGCCUGCGAUCCGGAAACCGGAACUUCAGAUCCUUACGUCAAGUUUAGAUUAGGCAAUGAGAAGUAUAAGAGCCGGAUUAUUUGGCGAUCGCUGAAUCCGCGAUGGCUGGAGCAGCUGGAUCUUCAUCUGUACGAUGAUGGAGAUCAACAGCUGGAAAUCACCGUGUGGGACAAGGAUAGGACUAGGGAUGAUUAUAUCGGGAGAUGCGUAAUAAAUUUAAUGGAAAUGGAGCGGGAACGAACGUACAAUUUAUGGCAGGAGCUGGAAGACGGCGCCGGAUCGCUCCAUUUAUUACUCACCAUUAGUGGCACCACGGCAUCCGAGACUAUUUCCGACUUGACCACCUACGAGCAAAACUACAGGGAGAAGGAGAACCUUCUGAAUCGAUAUGUCUGGCAUCGGACAUUUCACAAUCUCAAAGACGUGGGCCAUCUCACUGUUAAAGUCUUCAAAGCGAACGGCCUAGCGGCCGCUGAUAUCGGUGGCAAAAGCGACCCAUUUUGCGUAUUGGAGCUGGGAAAUGCCCGUCUUCAGACCCAAACCGAGUACAAGACCCUCACGCCGCAAUGGAACAAGAUUUUCACUUUUAACGUGAAGGAUAUCAAUAAUGUGCUGGAAAUCAUCGUUUUCGACGAAGAUCGUGAUCACAAAGUGGAGUUUCUUGGCAAAGUCGCGAUCCCUCUGUUGCGAAUCCGCAACGGGGAAAAACGUUGGUACGCCCUCAAGGACAAAAAGCUACGCAGCAGAGCGAAAGGAAACUCGCCGCAGAUUUUAUUGGAGUUGAGUAUCAUUUGGAACCCGAUAAGGGCGUGCAUUCGCACCCUGAACCCCAAAGAGGAGAAGUUCAUGCAGACCGAAAUGAAGUUUAAGCGGCAGGUUUUUGUACGCAACGUGCUCCGUUUGAAGGUGUUUUUGAUGCACUUUUUGGAAAUCGGCAAAUUCUUCCAGGAUUGUUUCGAGUGGGAGUCAACUGUUCAAAGCUUCGCCGCUCUUGUGGUCUGGCUGAUCUUGUGCUACUACUUCCAGCCCUGGAUGUUGCCAGUUGGCGGCCUGCUGAUUUUCCUCAAACAGUACGUGAUUUGCCAGUUAUCCGGCACCCCCCAAGUGCCGUGGGACGAACUUGCCGACUCGGAUAUCGACGAAGAAGACGAAGAUGACAAGGAAAAGGAGGAAAAGAAAAGCUUGAAGGAGCGACUGCUGGCCAUCCAGGAAGUGACCCAAGGGGUGCAAAACGCAAUAGGGAAAAUUGCCUCACUGCUCGAGAGCAUUAAAAACAUGUUCAAUUUCGCCGUUCCCUAUCUGUCUUGGAUAGCGAUUUCCUUGCUGCUAAUCGCCACCUGUGUACUUUAUCUGAUCCCCAUCAAGUACCUGCUGAUGCUGUGGGCGACCAACAAGUUUCUGAGGCGCAUUUUCCGGCCUCAUGUGGUUCCAAACAACGAAGUCCUCGACUUGCUCUCCCGCAUCCCCGACGACGAGAUGCUGACGUACAUAAAAUUAUUGGGCGUGAGCCUGUCCACCCAUCUGGGCCGACUCUCAGUCAUACGCUGGUACUUGCAGCUGGACUACAAGGACCUGAAGCUGCUCUCUAGUCCAGAUAGCGCUGACCGACGUCCCCACCCCAAGAAGAAGCACAAAGCUUCCUAGUGGAGCGACAAGGUGCUGGCGAACUUCCGCGAUCGGUGGAAAGUCACAUUUGAGAGGAGUCUUGAUAAGUCUGAUUAGUUUUAUUCGGUUCUUGGUCGAUUAUUGGCGAUCGGCCAUUGUUUGCAAUGGGAGGUCGAUUGCUGAUUGUCGGGAAAAUAUCAAAUUUCUUGUAUUAUAUAAGUGGGAACCUCAAAAAAAUUUCUACACUAUGGGAAACAACGAGUCUUUCGAGAUUUGUCGUUCACUGUGUUGGUGGCUUUUUUGCGAUUCCUCCCUGUUUGUGAUAAAUAGGAGUUUAACUCGGUGUUGGGUUGUUUAGGGCCCUUUCCAGCCCACUAUCCCAGGGACAAAUUGACUAAGUGAAUAACGUUACUAGUUCCAUUUCAUUCACAGUUCGAACUCUUUCAAUGGCACUUUUUGAGGUGUUGCGACUACCAUUUGCACGUAUUUAAUCAUCCAAAUACUAUGGUGAUCUACCAUGUCCCUUUAGUCCAAAUUUAACCAGAAAUAGUCCAACAGCAUUGUAGAUCACCCGGUUUAAUUAAAACAGUUGUGACAGUCAGUCAAUGUUUUCAUAUUUAUAUCAAGUAGAAACUAAGAAACCUUCUUUGCGUUUAAGCUAUUGGUGGAUAUAACAACAAUUUUCUCUUGCUAGUUUUCCAAUUGGUGCUUGACUUUUUAGGUAUAAGGAUACAUAGUUUUUACUGAAGGUUUGCGGUUGAAGCGCAAGCGAGCGGAACAAGGCCAGUGCGUUAAUGCCUGCAUCGGAGUGAGAAGGAGAAUCCCCUCAUGUCCCGUUCUAUCACAGGCGUUGCACGCCUUGCCUUGUCGCACUCGCUUAUUCUUCAACUACCAAACUUGUUUUGAGCAGCUCCGUUGAAUUGAUUCCAUAACUCUUAGCUUUACGUUGUUUUGUCUUGCCCGUAAAUUGUUACUGUAAAUAAAAUAUUUAUAAAUAAAAUGAUCGCCGUCUUUAAAGCGCAUAAAGCACUCAUAUUAAUGCACAGCGUGAUUUUUCCUAAUGUAAAUUGCCAAUUAUCAAAGUGAUAUCGAUGUAAGAUUUCUAAUAAACUUAUGUACAUAACUCAAA